AUGAGACUGAUGCUAACGUUUGUUCAUCUCACUCUCGACUUCACCACGUCUGGCAAGGCGUGCGACAUCAGUGUCUCUGUGAAGGACCUGGAGAGGCUCAUAGAUAGCGAUCACCUUCCAGAGCUGUGCGAGAGAGUCAUGCCAAGCACGGCGAUGGUGCACUUCCCUGAGGAGCCCAAGUUGAGCACGCCAAAUGUGUGUUGGCAGCUGAAUCGUCUUUUCCCGAUGAUGUUCGGUUGUUGUAUGGAGAGCGAGUGGCAGCUGCGUCAUAAACACACACGUUCUCAACGAUCCUUCAUGCACCGCGUGGCAGUCGUCACGGAAGAAAUGAGCACCUCGCAUGCUGUUUUGUAG